GUCGGAGGCUGCAGGGCGGGGAGAGUGUGGCCCAGGCUGCCGGAGAGGACACCUAUCAUCUUGAGACACCCGGCACGGUUGUGUUUGGGACCUGCGCUUCCUUUCUUUCUCUCUGGGAUUUUAAAACGCCCCCAAAUUUCCUUGAAACAAGUCACGGAGUUCACGCACAAACGAGAGCCCUCAGAGCGGUGCGAUGGAGGAUGGGAAGCCGGUGUGGGCGCCCCACCCACAAGAUGGGUUCCAGCUAGGAACUAUAGUGGACAUCGGAGCUGACAGCCUCACCAUUGAACCCCUUAAACAGAAAGGAAAGACAUUUUUGGCUGCUGUCAACCAAGUCUUCCCUGCAGAGGAUGACGUCAACAAACACGUGGAGGAUAACUGUUCUUUGAUGUACUUGAAUGAAGCCACUCUGCUCAACAAUGUUCGUGUGAGAUACAGCAAAGACAAGAUUUAUACAUUUGUAGCCAACAUCCUGAUUGCAGUGAACCCGUACUAUGACAUCCCAAAGCUUUAUUCACCUGAGACCAUCAGCAAGUACCGGGGCCGGUCGCUGGGCACGCUGCCGCCGCACGUCUACGCCGUCGCUGAUAAGGCGUACAGGGACAUGAAGGUCCUAAAGAUGAGCCAGUCCAUCAUCGUCUCAGGGGAGUCCGGGGCUGGAAAGACCGAAAACACCAAGUUUGUACUUAGGUACUUGACAACCUCUUACGGAACUGGUCAGGACAUCGACGAGAGAAUAGUGGAAGCCAACCCGUUGCUGGAGGCUUUCGGAAAUGCAAAAACUGUCCGAAACAACAACAGCAGCCGCUUCGGAAAGUUUGUUGAAAUCCACUUCAAUGAGAAGAAUGCCGUCGUGGGUGGCUUCGUGUCGCACUACCUGCUGGAGAAGUCAAGGAUCUGCAGACAAAGCUCAGAGGAGAGAAACUACCACAUCUUUUACCGACUUUGUGCCGGAGCUCCGGAGGACAUCAGGCAGAAGUUUCACCUCAGCUCCCCGGACACGUUCAGGUACCUGAACAGAGGAUGCACUCGCUUCUUCGCCUCCAAAGAUACUGACAAGCAGAUCCUGCAGAAUCGCAAGAGCCCAGAGCAUCUGAAGUUGGGCCCUCUAAAGGACCCCCUGCUGGACGACCAGGGAGACUUCAACAGGAUGUCCGUGGCGAUGAAGAAGAUCGGCCUGGACGACACAGAGAAGCUGGACCUGUUCAGGGUGGUGGCCGGCGUGCUGCACCUCGGCAAUAUCGACUUUGAGGAGGCUGGAAGCACAUCAGGUGGCUGUGCCAUCAAGAACCAGUCGAGUCAGACGCUGGAGCACUGUGCUGAGCUGCUGGGCCUGGAGGAAGAGGACCUGAGAGUCAGCCUCACCACUAGGGUCAUGCUCACAACAGCAGGGGGCGCCAAAGGAACAGUCAUCAAAGUGCCGCUCAAAGUGGAGCAAGCUAACAACGCUCGGGACGCCCUGGCAAAGGCCGUGUACAGCUGCCUGUUCGACCAUGUGGUGACCAGGGUCAACCAGUGCUUCCCCUUCGACUCCUCAGCCAACUUUAUCGGCGUCCUGGACAUUGCUGGCUUUGAGUACUUUGAACACAACAGCUUCGAGCAGUUCUGCAUCAACUACUGUAACGAGAAGCUGCAGCAGUUCUUCAAUGAGCGCAUACUGAAAGAGGAGCAAGAGCUGUACCAGAGGGAGGGGCUCGGAGUCAACGAGGUUCACUAUGUCGACAAUCAGGACUGCAUAGACCUGGUGGAGGGGAAGGUGGUCGGCAUCCUGGACAUCCUGGACGAAGAGAACCGACUACCUCAACCCAGCGACCAGCACUUUACAGACACUGUUCACAACAAACACAAGGACCACUUCCGCCUCACUGUACCCAGGAAGUCUAAGCUGGCCGUCCACAGGAACGUGAGGGAUGAUGAAGGAUUUAUUAUCAGACACUUUGCAGGAGCCGUGUGCUACGAGACGACCAAGUUUGUGGAGAAGAACAACGACGCUCUGCACAUGUCUCUGGAGUGUCUGGUCAGUGAGUCCAAGGACCGCUUCGUCCGCGAACUCUUCGAAAACUCCAACAACAGCAAAGACAUGAAGCAGAAGGCGGGGAAACUCAGCUUUAUCAGCGUCGGCAACAAGUUUAAGACCCAGCUGAAUAUUCUCCUGGACAAGCUCCGCAGCACGGGCUCCAGUUUCAUCCGCUGCAUUAAGCCAAACCUGAAGAUGAUCAGCCACCAGUUUGAGGGAGCUCAGAUUCUCUCCCAGCUACAGUGCUCUGGUAUGGUGUCAGUGCUGGACCUGAUGCAGGGCGGCUUCCCCUCCAGGGCUCCCUUCCACGAACUCUACAACAUGUAUCAACAAUACAUGCCCCCCAAACUCACCCGCCUCGACCCGCGCCUCUUCUGCAAGGCUUUAUUCAAAGCUCUCGGGCUGAAUGAGAAUGACUACAAGUUCGGCCUGACCAGAGUAUUUUUCCGGCCCGGAAAGUUUGCAGAGUUUGACCAGAUCAUGAAGUCGGACCCGGACCACCUGGCAGAGCUGGUGAAGAAGGUCAACAAGUGGCUAAUCCACAGCCGCUGGAAGAAGGUCCAGUGGUGCGCUCUGUCCGUCAUCAAACUCAAGAACAAGAUUUUGUACCGGGCCAACGCCUGCAUCCAGAUGCAGAAGACGGUGCGGAUGUGGCUUUGCAGGAAGAAGCACAAGCCUCGCAUCGACGGGUUAGUCAAGGUGCGUAACCUGAAGAAGAGGAUGGGCCGCUUCAAUGAAGUGGUGGCCGGGCUGAAGGAGGGCAAGCAGGAGAUGAGCAAGCAGAUCCAGGAUCUGGAGGCCGCCAUCGACUCCCUGAUGGUUAAAAUUAAGAGCACCAUCAUGUCUCGCAUUGACAUCGACCACGAGUACCAGGCCCUGGUGACCCGCUCAGAGAAGCUGCUGACCGAUAUGCAGAACAAGAAGAAGGAGGAGGAGGAGCGGGAGCGGCUGCGACGCAUCCAGGAGGAAAUGGAGAGGGAGAGGAAGAGGAGGGAGGAGGAGGAGCUGCGCCGCAAGCAGGAGGAGGAGGACAGGCGACUGAAAGCAGAGAUGGAGUUGAAGAGGAAACAGGAAGAGGAGGAGAGAAAGAGGAGGGAGGAAGAGGAGAGGAGAAUUCAGAUUGAGAUGGAGCUGCAGCUGCAGGCAGAGCGGGAGGAGGAGGCGUCUCGGCAGGCCGUCCUGGAGCAGGAGAGGAGGGACAGGGAGCUGGCGCUGAGGAUCGCUCAGAGCGAGUCUGAGCUCAUCCCUGAGGAGGUGCAGAACGACGCGGGCCUGCGCAGUAACGGCUCCUCAGUUCCAUCGUCCCCAGAGAGAGCAGCAGGUCCACAGGUUCAGGCCUCUAAGGCUGCUGCCGGGGCCAAGAAGUACGAGCUGAGCAAGUGGAAGUAUGCUGAGCUGCGGGACGCCAUCAAUACCUCAUGUGAUAUCGAACUGCUGGCGGCCUGCAGAGAGGAGUUUCACCGCCGGCUCAAAGUUUACCACGCCUGGAAGUCAAAGAACAAGAAGAGAAACACAGAGACUGAGCCGCAGAGAGCGCCGAAAUCUGUCACCGACUACGAUCAUGCACCACCUGUGAAAAAAGCAUCCCAGCAGAACCCAGCCCCGCCCAUUCCUGCCCGACAGUAUGAGGUGGCGAUGAAUCGGCAGCAGCGUUACUUCCGCAUCCCAUUCAUCCGACCAGGGGACCAGUACAAAGACCCCCAGAACAAGAAGAAGGGCUGGUGGUACGCUCACUUCGACGGGCCAUGGAUCGCCAGGCAGAUGGAGCUUCACCCGGAUAAACAUCCCAUCGUGCUGGUGGCAGGAAAGGACGACAUGGAGAUGUGCGAGCUUAGUCUAGAGGAGACGGGCCUGUCGAGGAAAAGGGGAGCGGAGAUCCUUCCCCGGCAGUUCGAGGAGAUCUGGGAGCGCUGCGGCGGAAUCCAGUACCUCCGCAGCGCCAUCGAGAGCCGGCAGGCACGCCCCACGUACGCCACGGCCAUGCUGCAGAGCAUGUUCAAGUGAAGGAGCCCAGGGACGGAGGCUUCUCACUGCAAACAAAGGGACAAAUGCACCAGCUACCUAACACAGAUGGCGUCUGAGCAUACUGCACCAGGUCCGACUGCGGGGCAUUCACCUGAACAGCGAUUUCUCUCCACUGUCCUUUUGUUUCUCUUCUGUUGUUUUUGUUCUUGCUGGCUUUCGGUUCCUCAAAGGGGGGAGGAGGUGUCGAGGGCAGGAAGUUUUGCAUUGAACCCUAUGCAGAAAAAUCAUACAAAAUUAUCACAUCCGGUUGUUUUCCAAGGAAUUCUGUUCUCUUUAACAUUUCUGCAAGUCUAACUACGAGGCCUUAAUACUACUUUAACAGGGUUUAAAAGCCAGAAGUAGGACUUUGUGUUUUGUUCAAAGCUGCCUCCCCAACAAAAAAACUUAAUUCCUCUGUAAUUAUGCAUUCCUGAUCAUUACACUGAAGUCUCACUGGUGUGCCGCUUCUAUCUUAACAGCUAGCUGGUGAUCCCUCUCCCGACUUAAAACCUGCUGUUUACAUUGUCUAUAUGUGGUUCUUACAGGGCGAAAAACACUUGCACAAGGAGCUGUCAGCGCUCACCGUGAGGCAGUGCUGCAUGAGUGACUGCACUCAGAAUUAAGUCAAAUAUUUGCUAAUACUUACUUUUUUAUUUUACCUUUUGUCUUUCCAACCGAAUGUAACUUGAGACCUCGUUGAUUUGUUCAUGUAGUGAUUCCUUUUUUCUUCUUACUGUGUGAUUUAACGUGUAAAGCUAAUGAGAAAGGUCCAAAAACGUUUGAAUUUGUGACCAAACACGGCUCGAAACUUAUAUUGGGUGUUCUUUCGGCCAGAGCAGUAAUUCAGCUCCAUGAUUAGUUUUUUUUUUGUCUGCGUUUAUUAAGCAAAACAGAAAAUGUGAAAUAAUUAUGCAACUCCUCGAGGGCGGUUUGAGACCAGAUCACCGCUGCAAAUACCAUACCAUCUUUUUAGUCUUCAAAUUUAAUCUUUUUACACGAGGAAAAAUAGUUUGCCAAUGCAGUGAUUCCCAAGGCAGUUUCACCUGUUGUUCAUUGACGUACUGCAAAAAAAAAAUCACUCCAUCUGGCUCUUUGUUUGAAAAUAUAAUUUGAUUCCAGAAAUGUUUUAAAAAAAAAAAUAAAAUCUCAUGUCAGACUGGACAAUUUUCUGCCAUGUAAGAAGCUAUUGAGCAUGUCAUUAAUUCUGUACAAUGCACUGGUACUCAGCCUUGAACUGGAACAUUCAUACAACACUGAAUAUUUUCUAUACAGCCAGUGCAGUACAUGCAGCCAGCAGUGAUAUUCCAACUGGAAUGGCAAAGUUUACUUUUGCAAGAGCAGUUUGUACUUCAGUGGCUUGGGCACGAGAAGCAAUAAAUCACGCAAACUAAGGUAAGAGAAACAAACAAGCCUCCUUUGACGGGUACGUAAAACAUUUAAAGACAAUCUGCUGUGAUGUUACACCUUUACUCACCUGAGGUUGCCAAGUUUCUUCCUGAGCUUUCUAUACCUUGUGACGCUCUUUCUGUGCACAACAAAAUGGUGACUUAGAUUGUCUGAAAGCAUGAAAAUCUGUCUUUUUGCAAAGUAGUUGAUCCCCUUGUACAAGUGGCAUUAACAUGCAGGAAAGCAGGCUCGAAAUCAAUGAACAAAGAUGCAAUCAAUGCACCCAAGAUACAAUGAAGGUCUGAUAGUGGGGCUGACAGUGACAGCGAAGACAGAAUUUUGAUUUGGUGAUCUGCAGGUCAAGCCAUGUCUAGACGUCUCGGUUAAAAGUAGAAUGAAAGGACUGAAGACAGUUUUUAGACGUCUAGGUUACAAGUAAUUGUUUCAACAGAUUCCAAUAACUCUAGUUGUCAUGGAAACAACACAGGUGUGACUUAAAUGACUAAGCCUUUUUUUUUUACCUACAAUUUUAGCUUCUCAAAACAAGCAUGUUAGAUUUCACGUUUGUUCUGAUAAAGACACAUUCUCUCGUCUUAUGUUUCUCUCCUGCAGGAUUUCCUCUAGUAUUGCUGUUUUCUGUUUCAAUUUGAUGUGACCUGUAACAUCUAAUACUUUCAGUAAAGGGGCUGAAUAGACAAUGGACACUUGACUGGAUCAGUUCAGCUCCAUAUCUAAUAUGUCAAUAUGAAAUGUAGAACCAGGUUAGACAUGCUGUUUUCCUGUCUGUUAAUGUCAAUUGUAAAUGGGGCCACAUUAUGAACUUUGCCCAUGAUUACAACCUCAAUAUUGGUUUAACCCCUGAGUGUUGACCUCUAAAUAUUUCCUCAAAUGUACAAGAAAAUUUCCUGCGCCUGCUCCCAUCGGUUUCUCUCCAUACAUUACAAUCAUUCCUCGGGAAACACUGCCUUUGUCCACUGUCACUUUUCUAACGCUGAUCUCUCUAACAGAUGAAUAAAAGCAUUCCAUGUUUCACUCA